AUGGUCCACGCACAGACAAUGGUCCCUCAAGCCUUUUGGGCAGCCCUCAACAACCAGAAUUUGGAUGACAUGUCCGUCCCACAGUGGUCAAUCGUCGUCAACGAUGCUGGGAUUCAAUGCUCACUGUUUUUCGAGAAUCCUGACGCAAAAGAAAGUUCGAAAUCAGCGGAUUCUAGCGGCAUUUGCUCCUCCUCACCAGUUCGAAAAGAAGACGAAGAAAGCAAGGGAAGCACCGAGCCAUUUCCAAAAGACGAAGAAAAAAUGGAGACUUCAGGUACUGAAGAGAUCUCUACGAGUCCGAAAAUUCCCGGCGCCUUCCCAACAAUUCCAGGGCUCAACGGUCUACCCUUUUUGCAGCAGUAUCUCGCCACACAGAUGCUGAAUAGCCCUGCUCUGAAUGGACAACAACAAAAUGCUCGACCUCAGCCACAUGUUCGUCAGAUGAAUCAAGCGCCAAUAAACGACGAACCUACCCCGGUACCAGGUGAUCUGAUGCUCAUCUCGCAAGAAAAUCGUCGUCGACUCAUCAAUCUUCGGGAAGAGGCUCAAGCUAACAGAUUGUCUGUCACCGCCUUCAUCCGCCGGGGCGCUCUGCUUUACUUCGACUCUGACGAGCUGGCGAUGAACCGUCUUCACACUCUCGAUCAGCGACGACUUGGUGCGCUAGAACUUGAGACCAAGUUCUACUUUGCAGAGUCAGAUUCGAUCGAAAAAUCUGCCAACUCCGAGCACCGCGUCCGAUUCCGCCCUAACAACGGCUUCAACAUCAACGGAGUCAACUUCAACGCUCCCGGCCUUGGCAAACACCAGGAUCUUUCAGCGGCGCUGACCAUGGCUAAGAUGUCGCUUCCAGCAUCAACGACUGCGCCUACUUCAGUGCCUGGUAUGCCGUCGAUUUCUGCAGCAAUGCCGAUUCCUCAGAUGCCCGAACUUCAGCCUGCGACCAUCACCGAAGCUCCUCCUUCUCCCACACAAGCUGAGUCUGCCACUUCUGCUCCCUCUCAACCGGCUGAAUCUGUCCUCCAGAAUCCUCCAGUCAGCAGCAUGUUUCCCGGCCACAUGAAUCUUGCUGCCAGCUCUCCAACUAUUUCUCAGAACCCUCUUUUCACACCACAUGCUUUUUCGCCCAGCCCACUCGUCAAACCCUUCGGAGCCACGAUUACUACUGGCGACGAGAGCGUUAAGCCUCGAGACUCUCGCCGCCGUGAUUCCAAACAGGACCAGCGACGACGCGUCGAGCAGUUCGGCCGGGAUCAGCGUGAUUCCGACGAGCAGUACGACACUCGCCGACGACGCUCUUCGCCGCCAAGGAAGCGUGUUGAGGAUCCAGCUCCGCCAAUGCGCACUCGCCGAUACUCAUCAGAUCUCUCUGAUGAAGACUUCAACCACUCCCGUCCUCCACCACCACGAAGACGCAAGAACCAGAAAGACGGUCUCCAGAACAAUGACAUGAGCAACAACAAGGUCUCCCUCCAAGUCGAGCUAGCAAAUGUUCGCGACAUCCUUGAGAAACAGGGCAUGUACGAGACACAAAGAAAGGAUGAUAGAAGACCUGAUCGUAGAAGACGCGAGAUGGACUCUAGAAAGGAUUCCCGAGAUGACAAAGGCCCGAAGCGAUACUCUAACCGCACGCGGCCCAAGCACUGGAAUGAGCGAGGUUCUCAAUCACCACCCCAGCACGAACUCGCUCAAACCUUCGACGAACCGCUUGCACAGGCCGAUGAAUUUAGAGAUGUGCUCGGCAAACAUUUCAAUGUGUCCUCACAACGGGCAAAGGAGCUGAUUAUGCAGAUUAAGAGUCAACUCACGCCAAGUAUGCCACAGGGAACGGACAUGUUCCAACAAGGAGCUCCCCCUACUAGCUUCCCUGAGCGAGUUCAACAGGUCGACAACAGGCGUAAUAAUAUGACGAACGAACAGAUGCUCGCCUACCAACAGCAAUAUCAGCAGUUACUGCACCAGAACCAGCAACAAUUGGCGUCGGGUAUCGGGCAGGACGCCAUGCAGGAUAUGGUCAGGAAUCUGCAGCAGGAACAGUAUAAUCGACAGCUAAAUCUUGGAAAUUUCUAUCAACAACAGGGAUCGAUACCAAACUACGACGCUUCGCUUACGCAACAGCUUCAAGCUCAGACGAGCGCGGGCUUCUCCGGGAUGAAUGUUUCCACGGUGAAUUCUGCGAUGAAUCCGGCCGUCUCCACCAUGGGACCGAAUGCGCUCAACUCCUUGAUGCAGCACAAUGGGACAACUUAUUUUCAGCCUGUUGACAAGAGGCAAAACUACUGA